CGUCCUCGCCGCUCUCCCUCGCAUUCUACCCAGCUCCCAGCUCACCGUACACAAGCAGAACGACGGCGGUGCGCAUUGAGAGUGACUGAUUCGACAGCAUGCCUCGCAUCCUCUUCGUCAGUGGGUUCCACCCAACCACUCGCGCUCGGGACCUUGCCUAUGAGUUUGAAAGGUAUGGCCCUCUCGUUCGCUGCGACGUUCCUGCGCCCCGCAACCCCCACGCCAAUUCCAACCCUUACGCUUUCGUCGAGUUCCGCUCUCAGCGCGAUGCCGAGGACGCCUACUACGACAUGCACGGCCGUUACUUCGAGGGCUCCCGUCUGAGCAUUCAGUGGGCUAAGAACCCGCCCUCUUCCGUUUGGCGCUUCGACCGCCGUUCCCCUCCUCCUCGUCGGGACCGCGAGCGUUCCCGUAGCCCUCGUCGCCGCGGUGGUGACAGGGAGAGGGACAGGGGCUACGACCGCGACCGUGAGAGGGAUCGUGGCAGUGAUCGCGACCGCGAGCGUGUUCCGGACGACCGGGACAAGGACCGGGAUGACAGGCGGCGGAGGAGCCGCAGCCCUGACCGGAGGCGGAGCCCGAGCCCUGAUAGGCGGGGCAAGGAAGAUAGGGCUAGGACGCCUCCCCCGCCCGAGGAAGUCGACCGCAAGAAAGACAUCAAGGAUGAUGAGCCGCGCGACAGGGCGCAGACUCCUCCUCGUGACUUCUGAAAUAUCACGGCUGUACUUGGCUGGAAUUGCUGAGCUCCUUGCCCUUUGGAUUCACUCGGUUUGGGCUCAGUGAGUUUCUGUCGGAGCCGCUUCUCUAUUCGUUUUGUCUCUCGGUGAAGAAAAUACACUCGUAAUGAAUGAAAUUACUGUAGUGUCAGUAUCGUCUCUGUGAUGUAAUACAUGCAAACAACUAUACAAUCUUGUCGAUUGGCG